CCCUAGAAGUCACCCGCUUGCUCGGGGGUUUCCGGUCCCUUAAUUGUUUGUUUUUGUUAGGGGUGGGGGGUGGGGCAGCGUUCUUUUGCCACCUGCAAGUUGCCCCCCACGGAGCAAGGGCGGGAGGAAGGGGGAGAAAGACUGGAUUGAUUUGCCCUGGACCUGCGCAGCUCGCGCAUCUGAGGGGAGUGGUUGCUGUGGGGGAGUUAACCUUGGUCCCGGCUUUGGCCGUCGGGGGAGGAAGACCUGUGCGCCCACCGUCUCUCCCACCUCUCCGCCGGAACUGGGUGAUUCCAUUGUCCAUCUCGGGUCUCUCUUUUUCCCGAAGCCCAGAAACUCUCCUCUUCCCUCCCCCACUCCCCGAGGCCGGGCGGGAGACGUUGGCCCCUGUGGGAGGUGGGGGCGGUGAGCAGGAAGAGAGGGAAAUGUGGCCCUGAGCUCUGGGAGGCAGUGUCCCACCCGGCGGCCCGGCCCAGUCCGGCCUUGGGCAGCCCAAGUAGCCCAACUCCGGUUCUGGUCCUGCCUGGCUGUUGUGCGUGCGUGUCUGUAUGUGCGUGUAAUGUCAGUGUCUAUGCGCGCGCGCUUGUGUGUGCAUGUCUAACGCGCACCCCCCUCCCCCCUUGCUUGGAUCUUCUUUCUUUCUUCCUGUCUUAAUUUUUCUCGGCGGGAUUAAAGUUGGAAAUUGAGCGGAGAAUUGAGCUGCCCAGGAGCAAGGCAGCGGCUGCCGUCAGAGCGAUGUUCCCGCAAAGCCGGCACCCGACGCCGCACCAGGCUGCAGGUCAGCCCUUUAAAUUCACCAUCCCGGAGUCUCUGGAUCGGAUCAAAGAGGAGUUUCAGUUCCUGCAGGCUCAGUAUCACAGCCUUAAAUUGGAAUGUGAGAAAUUGGCAAGUGAAAAGACAGAAAUGCAGAGACAUUAUGUGAUGUAUUAUGAAAUGUCAUAUGGAUUAAACAUUGAAAUGCAUAAACAGACUGAAAUCGCCAAGAGAUUGAAUACAAUUUGUGCACAAGUCAUCCCAUUUCUGUCUCAGGAACAUCAGCAACAAGUGGCUCAAGCAGUUGAACGUGCCAAGCAAGUGACCAUGGCUGAGUUGAAUGCCAUCAUCGGGGUACGUGGUCUUCCAGGGCUCCCUCCUACACAGCAGUUGCAGGCUCAGCAUCUCUCUCAUGGCCAUGGACCCCCAGUGCCUCUAACACCUCACCCAUCCGGACUCCAGCCUCCUGGGAUCCCCCCCCUUGGAAGCAGCGCCGGCCUGCUGGCCCUCUCUAGUGCAUUGAGUGGGCAGUCUCACUUGGCAAUAAAAGAUGACAAGAAACAUCAUGACGCAGACCACCACAGAGACAGAGAACCGGGCACAAGUAAUUCUCUCUUGGUACCAGAUAGCCUAAGAGGAACAGAUAAACGGAGAAAUGGACCCGAAUAUUCCAGUGACAUCAAAAAAAGAAAGGUGGAUGAUAAAGAUUCUAGUCACUAUGACAGUGAUGGUGAUAAAAGCGAUGACAACUUAGUUGUGGAUGUGUCCAAUGAGGAUCCCUCAUCUCCACGGGCAAGCCCUGCACAUUCACCCCGGGAAAAUGGUAUUGACAAAACCCGGCUGCUGAAAAAAGAUGCCUCAAGCAGUCCAGCAUCUACAGCAUCCUCAGGAAGUUCUACUUCCUUGAAAUCCAAAGAAAUGAGUUUGCAUGAAAAAGCCAGCACGCCUGUUCUGAAAUCCAGCACACCAACUCCUCGAAGUGAUGUGCCAACCCCGGGCACCAGCGCAACUCCAGGACUUCGUCCAGGCCUCGGCAAACCUCCAACAAUGGACCCCCUUGUUAACCAAGCUGGUAGAACACAUUACCUCUCUGGUUUGAGGACACCUCUGGCAGUACCAGGCCCAUACCCUGCUCCAUUUGGAAUGGUCCCCCAUGCUGGCAUGAAUGGAGAGCUGACCAGCCCUGGAGCAGCUUACGCAAGUUUACACAACAUGUCUCCCCAGAUGAGUGCCGCCGCAGCUGCAGCUGCCGUGGUGGCCUACGGACGAUCCCCAAUGGUUGGUUUUGACCCCCCUCCUCACAUGAGAGUACCUACAAUCCCUCCAAAUCUAGCAGGAAUCCCAGGAGGCAAGCCCGCAUACUCCUUUCACGUUACUGCAGAUGGUCAGAUGCAGCCUGUACCUUUUCCGCCUGAUGCUCUCAUCGGACCUGGAAUCCCUCGACAUGCUCGUCAGAUCAACACUCUUAAUCAUGGAGAAGUAGUGUGUGCAGUUACCAUCAGCAACCCCACAAGACACGUGUACACUGGUGGGAAGGGAUGUGUCAAAGUCUGGGACAUCAGCCAACCUGGCAAUAAGAGUCCAGUCUCUCAGCUGGACUGUCUGAACAGAGAUAAUUACAUCCGUUCCUGUAAAUUGCUCCCUGAUGGCUGCACCCUUAUAGUAGGUGGAGAAGCUAGUACAUUAUCCAUUUGGGACCUGGCAGCUCCGACCCCACGCAUCAAAGCUGAGCUGACAUCCUCGGCUCCUGCCUGCUAUGCCCUGGCGAUCAGCCCCGAUUCCAAGGUCUGCUUCUCCUGCUGCAGCGAUGGGAACAUCGCAGUGUGGGAUCUGCACAACCAGACACUGGUCAGGCAAUUCCAGGGCCACACAGAUGGAGCCAGCUGUAUUGACAUUUCGAAUGAUGGCACCAAGCUCUGGACGGGAGGUUUGGACAAUACAGUCAGGUCCUGGGACCUGAGAGAAGGGCGGCAGUUACAGCAGCAUGACUUCACAUCCCAGAUCUUUUCUCUUGGAUAUUGCCCAACGGGAGAAUGGUUAGCAGUGGGCAUGGAGAGCAGUAAUGUGGAAGUACUACAUGUCAAUAAGCCAGACAAGUACCAGUUGCAUCUUCAUGAAAGCUGUGUUUUGUCACUAAAGUUUGCUUACUGUGGUAAAUGGUUUGUGAGUACUGGGAAAGAUAACCUUCUUAAUGCUUGGAGGACGCCCUAUGGAGCCAGUAUAUUCCAGUCCAAAGAGUCCUCAUCAGUGCUUAGCUGUGACAUCUCUGUGGAUGAUAAAUACAUAGUCACUGGCUCUGGAGACAAGAAAGCUACAGUGUAUGAAGUAAUCUACUGAAAACAUGAUGUGGUUUUAACUUUUAGAGUUGAACUGGGCCAAAAUGUUUUGAAUUUGUAGAAGUAGAAAGGUUGUAACUUAAGGAACAAAAAAGAAAUCUGAUGUUUCCAAACCUUUUCAUGAAGCUACUCCGAGUCUACAAAAGAAGGCAACAUCCAGCAAACUAAAUAACGGUCACCUGCCUAGACCCAAAGGAAGCAUGGAGGCAAAACGAAUGGACAGAUAACCAAGGUUUUAGGAUUCAGAGACUGAGUCUGUUGAGGAAUGUUGGAGCCUUUUAUUUUCUUUCUCUGUGACCUCCUACAGAUUGCUCUCAUUGCCUGAAUAUGUGAGAUUACCUUUCUGUUCUUUGCAGUUCAACUUGCAUUCUGUCCUAUGUAGAGCAGUGGUGUCUCCAAUGAACUUUGUUCCCUGGUUUUGCAUCUUGUGAUAUGUUUUUUGUAUUUUUGUUGAAGGUUAAACAUUUGUAUAAAUUGUAAAUAUAUUUGGUUUAUUACAGUAAAGGCUUUAGUACCAAC